UCUGGUCUCUUAGCUAAAGAAUCAAAUAACAUUGCAGGUACACAAUUGAAAUAUACUGAACCAAAAGACGCAGCAUCUCCACCAAAUUCACCAGAUUAUUACUUGUUUAUUUUUAAAAAAGGUUCUAAAAUACCUAGAGAGUAUAAAUUAAAUCAUAAGAAAUUCCAUCUGAUAGGGAGAGAUGAAAAAUUAGUGGAUUUGGAGACUGAUGAUGAUACUUGUUCCAAACAACAUGCUGUCAUUCAAUUCAGAUCAAGACCAAUAACUGAUGAUCAAGGAAAGACUACACAACAGGUGAAACCAUACAUUAUUGAUCUAGAAUCUAGUAACGGUACUUUUCUAAAUGGCCAAGAAAUACCCACAUCGAGAUUUAUUGAACUACAAGCUGAAGAUACAAUUAGAUUUGGUAUUUCCGAAACUGAUCAUGUAUUAGUU